AUGACAGCAGAGGGUGUAUUCGACUUGGUCGGCAAAAACCUGAAACUCGACACGAAGGAGGACAUUGCGCCGUACCUGUCUGAGCUGGAAAAAGUAGAGCCACUCACAGAGAUUCACCUAGGUGGCAACACGCUAGGUGUGGGUGCGUGCCAGGCACUGGCGGAAGUACUCAAGACCAAGUCUUCGCUGAAAGUGGCGGACUUUGCUGACAUUUUUACAGGACGUUUGAUCACAGAAAUUCCCGAUGCACUUCGUGCUCUGUGUGAUGCGCUGGUCGACCAUGAGCAUCUGGAGGAAGUCAACUUGUCGGACAAUGCCUUUGGCGGUCGCUCGGCAGAGCCUAUGGUGAACCUUCUUACCAACAACCACCACAUUUGUGUCCUAAAACUCAGCAACAAUGGCUUGGGUGUGACUGGUGGUACCAUUGUGGCGGAUGCCCUCUAUGAGGCAGCACAGAAGCUCAAGGCUAAGGGGGAGGCUAGUCAGCUGCGCACUGUGAUUUGCGGUCGGAACCGUCUGGAGAAUGGCUCAGCGCCAGCCUGGGCUCGAGCUUUCAAGGCCCAUGGCAACCUAGUUGAGGUGCGCAUGUACCAGAACGGUAUUCGUAUGGAAGGUGUGUCAGAGAUCUGCAAGGGGCUUUCGCACUGCAAAAACCUGGAAGUGCUGGACUUGCAAGACAACACAGCGACGUUCCGUGGCUCUCGCGCCGUGGCCAAUGCGUUGCCUCACUGGAAGCACUUGCGCGUGUUGAACUUGUCCGAUUGUCUACUUAAAUCCAAGGGUGGUAUGCUCUUAUUUGAGCGUUUGCAUGAGGGCCACAACAAGAAGCUGGAGGCACUUCAUAUCCAGUACUGUGACCUGAACCGUGAUGCGCUUCAUAAGCUGGGCCAUGCGAUUGAGUUGCAUCUCAGUGAGCUCUCUUGUCUGGAAAUCAAUGGUAACUUUGCGGAGGAAGACGAUGAAAGUGUGAAGAAGAUCUUGGCGUCGUUGGAGAAGUGGGGCAAUAGCGAUGCAUUGGAUGAGUUGGACGAUAUGGAUCCGGAAGGUGAAGAAGACGAGGACGACGACGAAGAGGACGAAGAACAGGAUGAGGAGGGCGACGAGGGUGAGAAGCCCGAUGCGCAGGCAGAUGAGUUGGCCGACGAGCUGGCUCGGACUCACAUUUCUUCAUAA